AUGUCCAAACGCAAGAUGUUCCGCUCUCAAGCACUCGCCACAUCAUGGGCUACCAAGACCAAGAGAGCCAAGCGCAGAUCGCGUUGCGCCGCUCGCAAGUUGAUGGCGGAGACAUGUCCCGAGAAGGCGGCUGAGGUGUUCGGCAUGCCAGAGCUGAUGGAGGUACGGCAACCCUACUUCCCAUACUCGAGUCUCGAGUCUCGAGCACAGCUGACCAGAGCACAGCAUAUCCUCACGUUCGUCUCACCGAAAGAUGUACUCACCGCUCUGCAGACGACUCGAUCUAUGCGCAACACUGUGCAAGGCAGUUCGAAGCUAAAAACAAAGGCUUUCGGUCUCAUGCCAGAUCCAGACUCCUUCUUCGCCGCGCCGAUGUGGAAGCCGACCUUGCAGUCGUCGUGGGAGCCGUCGCCCUCCCAGGGCACAGUGGACCAGUUGUUUGGCACCUUCGCUCUUGCGACUCGCUCGCCGCAGGUGAGUCAGGAGUGGUGCUCCCAGUUUCAGCACCUUUAUUUCGACCUCGGACCACGCCACUUGAUCCGAGCCUUUGUCAAGAUCUACAGCUUCUUGUCCGAUGUUACCACGACGAGGCUCACGCCACAACAGCGCCAACUCAUACCUAUCCAGCCGGCUGUCAGAGAGAUUAAAUACUGGGACUUCUGCACUGUGUUCAGUUGCAGGUCGGCUUCGGAUCGGACUGGUCGGGCAAGAGGUGGAACGAUUUAUCCCCAAACCGGAUCCGAGAUCAUCACAUUCGGCGAUCUAGAAGAUGACGCAAACCGUUUUGCCAAGGCACAUCACUUCUGUGCACCGCAUAGCCUGGCAGACGCCUGCAUCUUUUUCUAUGCCGACGUGACAUUGAAGGACGACGAUCCGUGCAUGAUCCGACAUCAACAGACACAAGCGACCCGUCAAGAGAUCGCAUGA